AGAGCGAAACUUUUUUGGUAGUGCGUUGAUGAUAUUGGCGAAUUUCUCUGUUUGCAUUUUGCUGUUCGAAUCCGCCGGGAGAGUUCAAAUCGAGCGAUUUUUCUGGGUGAUUCAGGAGGGAGCAGAGCGACGCCCAGUGAUGGCAAGCCGGCUACAGCAGCUUCCGGGGGACGAUUCCGUGCUUCUCCGCCUCUCACAUUCCAACCUCAAAACCUUCUCUUCCGAAAUCCGUCUCUCACUUCAGACCACGGUGGAGUCUGUGAAGGAUAAGCUUUGGAGGAAAUGUGGUACAUCUGUGGAAUCGAUGCGCCUCGAGCUCUAUGAUGAGACCGGGUCCAAAGUUUCCAACUUGGAUGAUAACCACAGGCCGCUUGGUUUUUACUCUCCGCUUGAUGGGUAUCGAUUGCAUAUUAUGGAUGUCGAUCCAUCAUCUGUAACCUCCGGUGGCUGGUUAGAAGAUACUUCAUUGGUGGAAAAAUAUCAAAUUUCAGAUGAAGCUUAUGAUAAACGCAAUGGAACUUUCAGAAAAUUUAAGGAAAAAGUCUCAUCCCAAAACCCAUCAGCUUUUGAGCCAAAGAUAACAGACAACUACAUGGAAGAUCUCUGUGCAAAUAUCACGGUGGGAGAUAGGUGUGAAGUUGAGCCUGGGGCUAAAAGAGGAGUAGUUAAAUUCGUGGGUAAAGCAGAAUCUCUUGCACCUGGUUUCUGGGUUGGAGUGCAAUAUGAUGAACCAUUGGGAAAGCAUGAUGGCAUCCCUGCGCGUUUAUAUUCUUGCUGGACAUUUUGUUGCAGUGUAAAAGGGACACGCUACUUCAAGUGUCCUCCACUUCAUGGUGCAAUGGUCAGACCAGACAAAGUAAAGGCUGGGGACUACCCUGAACGAGAAAUUUUUGAGGAAGAUGAGAUAUAAGCACGCAAUUGCCAUGGGUUUUUCUUUAUCUAAGUGGUACUUUGCCAUUUGCAUCUUGUAAGUACACGAAUUUUUGGUUGCACAAUCCGCUAUGAAACCGUGUAUACGGAAUGAACCUG